CCUACGCCCACACAACUGGUGGCCGACGUGAAGGGUAAGGCGCGGGACGUGUUGCUCGCCGAACGGGUGGCUCUUAAUGUGUUGGCCCGAUGCUCGGGUGUGGCCACUCAGGCCCGGCGGGUACGGGCGGCUGUCGAUCGGGUCGGUUGGAAGGGCACAAUCGCCGGCACCCGUAAGACAACCCCUGGCUUUCGGGUGGUGGAGAAGUACGGGUUGGUUGUGGGCGGUGUGAGUGGGCACAGGUAUGACUUGUCUCAUAUGGUGAUGCUUAAGGACAAUCACGUGGUGAUUAGCGGAUCGGUGGCCGCGGCGGUUGGCGCUGUCCGUCAGGUGCGGGACUUUGCCUCCAAGAUAGAGGUCGAGUGCAGAAACCUGGAGGAGGCCCAGGAGGCGGCCCGACUGGGGGUCGAUGUGAUAAUGUUGGAUAAUUUUGAUCCCGAGGGGUUGGAAGCAUCGGCCCGUAUACUGAAGCAUAACUUCCCGGAUGUGUUGAUUGAGUCGAGCGGUGGCGUGACUGUGGAUACUGUGGCUGAUUAUGCUAAAGAAUGGGUGGAUAUUAUAUCGUUGAGUCAAUUGGUUCAGGGCUACCCUGUCGUCGAUUUCUCUAUGAAAGUUGUGCCACAAAAACAAUAA